AUGAUCUUCCAAGAGCGGAUAGAGUCAAUCCUAAUGCUUUGCAAGCCAUGUGAAGAUGGUCGACCGAAGUGUUCGAUCUAUUGGCCUGAAGCGAUAGGAGAGGCGACAUCAUUUGACACAUUGGUGGUAAAAAACACCGGUGAAGACGUCGACGAAUUUGCCACCACAACGUCGCUGAUGGUGGAGUUGAAUCCAACAUACGCCAUUAAAGACGGAGAAUUACCGCCUGAAAAACGAAAACCGCUGUUCCUGAGGCUGUUCCGGUGGACAACGUGGCCAGAUCGAGGGGUUCCCGACCACCAUUCCUGCCGAAUACCUCUUCAUCUUCUUGAUAGGGUUCGGCACGCUCCAUGCGUAGUUCACUGCUCAGCCGGUAUUGGUCGGACGGGAAGCAUCAUAGCGUUGGAGUUGGCACUUCAAAAAGUCGUAGUUGGUAGCAAGAUCGACUUUGAACAGAUCGCUCGCGAAUUACGAUGUGCCCGGGCGCAGUGUAUACAAACGGAAGUGCAAUAUCUUUACAUUCAUCGGGUGAUGAUCGAGAACGCCCUUCUACAUAUUAAUUUGAACGAGUCAACGCGGACAACUGGACAGCGAUUUCUACGAGAAUAUGACGAUAAAAUGCGAAAAUAG